AUCCGAACUUUGUUGUACGCCUUCGAUUUCCGGUUGCACGUUGCAAAAGUUUUGGAUCUCCAGUACAACUGUAUUUAAAGCUAUUAACCUGUUAACAUUGUAUUACGAUGCAGUUCGACAUCAGAAGAUUUGAUAUUUAUAGAAAAGUACCAAAAGAUCUGACUCAGCCUACAUUAACAGGAGCUUGUAUCUCUAUAUCCAGUGUAUUAUUUAUCUUGUAUUUAUUCCUAUCAGAAUUAUCACUUUUCCUCACACAUGAAGUAAUAAGUGAGCUGACAGUAGAGGACCCAGUCCGACACACAGAAAAAAUACCAGUAUUUAUUAAUAUUACAUUACCACAAUUGAAGUGUGAAUAUUUGGGUAUAGACAUACAGGAUGAUAUGGGCAGACAUGAAGUCGGUUUUCAAGAUGACACACAGAAAAUCGAAGUGAAUGAAGGGAAGGGAUGUAGAAUGGAAUCUCAUUUUGUAAUUAAUAAAGUUCCAGGUAAUUUUCAUGUAUCGACUCAUUCAUCUAGAACUCAGCCAGAUAAUCCUGACAUGACACAUUUGAUACAUAAAGUCAGGUUUGGUAUGGACUUACAGGAAGGGAAGGAAGUUAAAGGAUCGUUUAAUCCCUUAGAAGAUGUAGAUAGAAGUGCAGGUCAAGCACUAGCAACACACGAUUACAUCGUUAAAAUUGUACCAAGUGUGUAUGAAGAUGUUAGGAGGAAUAUCAUAUACCCCUACCAAUACACUUAUUCUUACAGGGAAGUAAUGCAGUAUGGUCAUGGCGGACGUGUAGUACCUGCUAUAUGGUUUAGAUAUGAACUCAGUCCAAUCACAGUUAGAUAUAUUGAAAAGAACAAACCAUUUUAUACUUUCCUUACAACAGUGUGUGCCAUAGUUGGAGGAACAUUUACAGUAGCUGGUAUUUUAGACUCUUGUAUAUUUACUGCUGCAGAAAUCUUUAAAAAGGCAGAAUUGGGAAAAUUGAGUUGAUGGAUGACAUGUUUUAGUUUUCAAAUUCUCCUCUCUUUUUUCACUGUAAAAGAUCUAUCGUUAUUUACAGAAAUUCCAAUGUUAAUAUUGACCAAUGCAAUACUGCUAAUGAAUGUCUAAAUUCAAUUAAGAGGUAGAAACCAUGAUAUGAAUAAAUUAGCAUUUGAGGAAUUUUUCUUUGAUAAUUAUAAUGCAAUUUUGGUAUUAUUGAGAUUAAUCAGUGGGUUUUUUUCUGAUUUCAACUACAUGUGUAUUUCUAAAUGGAAAAUGUAGAUCAGUAUAUGGAUUAAGGUCUUUAUUAUCACUCACUAAAAGAUACUUUGAGAAGGAAAACAAAGGUUUAUUAAAAAUAGAAAAAAACUGUCAAAAAUUUCCAGAUAUGAAGCUAUAUAAUAAUAACCAAAACCAAAGCAACAUAGUUGUAAAAUUUCUAAAAUUAGACGUAAGGAAAAUUUUGUUUUAAAGUCUAUUGUUAAUAUUUUUUAUAUAUCAAAUUUAACUACUGGUUAUUCACGUUAAGUCAUAUAAUAUAAAAGAAUAUCAAUUAUAAAGUCAUUUUAAGCAAUAUUUUAGUAAAAAAAAAUAUUAUUGUUGAUGAGAUUGCAUGAAAAGAUAUUAGACUUUUAAGUAUUGGCUUAUCUUUAAUGUUUAUAAGCUUUUAUCAACAGAAAUUGUUAGUCGUUUAAUAGAUGUUUUAUUUGUGUGGUUGUAAGUUUCAUGUGUAUUACAGGUUGAAUGAAGUACUGCUUUUAUAACUUUACUGCUCACAGACAGCUCUCUUUAAUAGUGUUAAAAAUCUCAUGUUCUCCAUCAUCUUUUCCCUUUGCUAUUAUUUUUUUUUAAAUCUCUUAUUGGUGGAAAUUAGAUUACUAUUUCAAAUUUCUUUGCUGAUCUUGGCAAUUUAAUGAUAACCAUAUAAUAUAAUUUCUGUUAUUUGGUUGUAUAUUUAUUAACUUCUUUGGGUAAAAAAAUCUGUAAUCCACAUCAAAUUGGGUACAUUUAUCUGCAUGUUUUGCUAAAUUGUCAGAUUUAAGAUGUAGAUAAAUUGUAUCCCGCUAGUCGCAAUUUAGGCAGCUAUUUACAUUGCAAUACUAUCACUUUGGUUUGGUUUCAGAUUAUAAAUCAAAUUCCCUCUGAUAACAAAUGAUGAACAGCUAUUAAAUAAAUUUAUCAUAAGUUGUAUAUGUAAAAUAACUAUAACAAUGCCUUAAUUUGUAAGAGUUUGGUUUUUUCUGAACCCCACCUGUCGUCAUCUUUUUGUCAGCUCAGUGAAAUAAAUCAAAUUAUCCUAUUGUACUCCCUGUGUGUAUUCAAGAGUGUGGUGAGAGAUUGUUCAAUUUUAUGUUGCCAUUGGUUGCCUUUUUGUUAUUUUUUAUUUGUUUUACAGAUCAGUAACUUUGACAUAUUUGUUAUAUUUCUUACAUUCAUUUUAAAAACAAAUCAUAUGUGUAUCUGAUUGAAUCUCUGUGUUCUGAUUGGUGUUUAUGUGAUCAUGUGAAUUGUAAAUGUGGUUGUUUUAUACCCUGAUGAAGUACAAGUGUUUAAAAGGCAUGCAUGCUCUUCCAUGAUAGUGAUUUUAUUAAAAUGGCAAUAACCAAGGAAUUUCUGGCUUCAUAAGGGUGUCAUUUUUAGGCAAGAUUGGGUUUUCAUGCAAGUAAUAAUGUAUUCACAUAAGAAGUUAUGGAACACUCCAAUAAGGAUGUGAAAAUAAUCAGCUUAUUCUCUGUCAGUCAUUAUUAUUUUCUCUUUUGUUAAUCAGCAUUUGUAUAUAAGCAAUAUAUUUAAAAACUGCUUGCAAGCUAUCCUUUAUCUAAAGCAGCUACAGAAUUAUAAUUUUAUAUAAUACAAAACGUAAAAUGUUGAACUGUAAAAUGUCAUAUUUAUAUAGUAUUUGCUUUGCUUCUGAUAGCAAAAAAAAAUAUUUCCUCAUACUUUUUGAGGACACACAUGGUUUUCUUUUCAAUUUCCUCAUGCUCCUUGAGGACACACAUUUGUUUUUUUUUAUUUCUUCUUACUCUUUGAGGACUCUUCAGUAUUUUUUUUCUUUUGAUUUUAAUCUGCCCUUUGAACUUAGUAUUUUCAAUUUUGUAUGCUUAUGUCUGUCAUAUAUUGUAGUUUUCAAAGAGGUGCUCUUAUUAACAUUCCAUAUUAUAUGUAUUUUUGUUAUUGAUUUCAUAAUUCAGGUUCAUAUCCUAGACUUCUGUAAAGGCUUUAACAGACAGCAUUUAGACUCAAAUUAGUUAAAGCCAUCCUUUUCUAUAUUGCCUGUCAUUAAGAUGAACUAAAUUUUGUGUACUCAAUAGAAAAAAAUAGUGAAAAUCUUCAUAAAUGCAUGUAAAAAUCUUAAAUCAUGUUUGCUCAACAGAAAAUUCAUUAAAAUCCUUUACCCUACACAAUAUUUGUUUAUAUAAUCCUGUGCACACUAUCAAUUAAUAAUAAACUUGUUGUGCCCUGUAUAGAAUUAUCACUCAUUUGGCACUGGCUGUGAAUCAAGCAAAAAUCAAUUAAUCGUUUGGUUUCCAUGUAAAUACUAAAUUUCCAACAUUUAAAUAAUUGUAACAUUAUAUUUUGAGGAUAAUUUGUAUUGCAGCUUACAAUUCUUCAUUCUUUUUUUACUAUUGUUUAUGAAAAAUAGGGUAGGAUUCUACAGUUUGAUGUUCAGAAGUUACUUCAUAAAAAAUUCUAUUUAUAUUUUUGUCAGAGUUUUACUUUUUAUAGUUGUUGUUAGUUAAGUGAUUGUUAGGGUAUUUGUAAAUAUGUUAAUAUUGUUUCUGUUUUGAUGAAAAUGUUGUUAGGGUGUUAAAUAUUUGAGGAUUAAUUUUAUUGAAAUAUGAGUACUGGUAGUUCGUAAAUGUAUAUCUUUUAUGAUAAGGUGUUGCAGUUUCACAUGCCAAGGCCAGUACAUUGUACUAGUCAUUGAAAUAAUACUAUGAACACAUUGAUCUAGAAAUAUAAACACAUGGAUCUAAAAAUAUUAACACAUGGAUCCGAAAAUAUAAACACAUUGAUCUAAAAAUAUGAACGCGUUGAUCUUUAAAUAUAAACGCAUUUAUAUAAAAAUAUAAACACAUUGACAUAACACUAUAAAGAAAUAGAAUUAUGUAUGAACACAAAAAAAUAACUUUGAUACAACUUCAUAUAAUGUUUUCUAUAAGAACACAAAAAAAUAACUUUGAUACAACUCCAUAUAAUGUUUUCUAUAAGAACACAAAAAAAAAUAACUUUGAUACAACUCCAUAUAAUGUUUUCUAUAAGAACACAAAAAAAUUACUUUGAUACAACUCCAUAUAAUGUUUUCUAUAAGAACACAAAAAAAUUACUUUGAUACAACUCCAUAUAAUGUUUUCUAAAAAAAAACAAUCUUUCUCAAAAAAUUUUUUAAACAGGUCAUUGGCCUACAGGAUUUAAAUUUCCAAAGUAUGACUUUAUAAAGAGAAAUUCUACUUAACAGAGAAAGACAUAGUCCCAGGAAUGCAUAAUUUUCAGUUUGUUUUUGUAAUUUUUUUUUAUAAGUGAAGUGACAUAAUAGAUUUCAUCUAAAGAAAAUUUAGGACAUAUCAUUAUAAUAACUUUGAAUUUGAUAUCAUUUUGAGAAAGGUAAUAUGAACAAAUAUGAUACCUGUGUAUUCUGAGAUAGGUAAUAUGAUAGCUGUGUUCAACAUACUGAUAGUUCACAGCUCAAGUUUCUAUUAAAAAGCUAAAUCAUUGAAAUUGACCAUGACAAACAUUGGAACUGUUAAAAUAUUUGUAUAUAUUUAAUUUCAAUUAGAUUUGUUUCUUAUGAAAAUGAAUCUGAGAAAUAAAUUAUUCCUGUAUUUCAUUACAUUAUUUUUAUAGAACAAUGUUAUAUUUUGAAUAGCUGAAAGUUUUCCUAUUUUCAGGAAAAAUCUAUUAUCACAUUAUGUGUUUAGAUUGUAAAUUCAGUUCACUGUUGGUAAUAGUCAGGUGUUUCGGGAAACUGGAUAUGAUAUAUAUAUCUGAGAUGAGAUACUGUAAAUUCAGAAAUUAUUGCAAUGUUUUUAUUUAUAUGAAAAAUGUAACAGUAUCAGGUUUGCAAUAAUAAAAACUCGCAUUCUUAAUUUCAGCAGUGAUUUCCUUCAUAAAACAUUUGCAAUUACAAUAAUAUAAGAAUUCACAUGAUUUGGCAGAGGUCAAGGAUUUGCAAUAAUAAAUGCACACACUAAUUUCAGAAUUUAGUCGUCACAUCUUGCCAGUAAUGCAUGAACUGUCAAAUGAUUUAAGUUAAAAAAAAUCAUACUAUGCUGCUCUGGAUAUUGAUUUUUAUCAGAAAAUAAAUAAAAAAAUGAAGUUUUUAACUACAAUUAAUAUUUGUUACCUUUCUGAAGAUGGACAAGAAGAUACUCCUAAAUCUAAAAUGAUCAUGAAAGCUUUCAUGAAAUAUAUGCAACAUUUAAUGAUGGAUACUAAAAUCUUCAUUUAGCUGACCACAAAUUGGUAGUUCAUAAUUGUGGAUGUUUAAAUAGUAGAGUUCAGGGUUAUUUUAGUAUUUAUGGACCAAAUUGUGUAUUUGGAUAGAUUUGUAUAUUUUUUUAUGACCAGUAACAAUUUUUUCAACAGCUUGUGGUGUGGGAGAGUGCAGGAAUAUAUUUAUUUUCAAAUAAAAGUAAAAAAAUA